AUCCCAUCGGUUACGUACUCUCUUGUAAAGGCCCGAGGAUAUUUGCGAGAUAGAGCGGGGUUCCCGAUUCAGGGAUGUCGUCGAAGUUGAGCUGACCGGGGGGUAUGCUUUCGGGUACAGUGGAUGAGUGGGCGAACGACUCGAGACCGUGUGAAGAACACCUAAGGAGAGGACUUCUUGUGCGUAAGUGAGGGGAGGUAGUUGUGUGGCUAUGAAUCAACGACAUAGAAUAAGGCAAACGAGGUAGUUCAGGCUCAGCUCCAGCUCAACAUCACCACAUUUCAUGAUGGGCAGUCUUUCGCAUCAGAAAUUAGUCUCUCCGACGACCCAGAAGGCCAUUGUUGUGAACGACAAAGACGAGGUCAUCAUUUGGGACGAGGCACCAUGUCCCAAAAUCCCAGCAGACCAAGUCAUGGUUCGCGUUGAGGCUGUUGGCCUCAACCCGAGUGACACAAAGAUGCGGGGAGCCUUCGCGACGAAGUUCGGUAUCCUAGGCGCAGACUUCGCAGGAACUGUGGUCGCUGUGGGGGACGGUGUUGAUGACAUCGCGGUUGGCGAUAGAGUCUUUGGUGCUCAGAACGAGAUGUACGGAACCACGCCUGAACGCGGCGCGUUUUGCGAGUACGCCGUGACUCGGGGUAAGAUGUGGGCAAAGAUCCCUGAGUCUUGGAGCACUGAAGCUGCCGCAUCUCUGCCUGUAGGCGUGAGCACCGCCGGAAUCGCGAUGAAGCUGCUUGGCUUGCCUUUGCCUGGUCAAGAAGUUGCGAAGCCUGCCCCUGUCUUGGUUUAUGGUGCUAGUGCCGCAACUGCGACGAUUGCUAUGCAAAUGCUGAAACUGUCCGGUCUCGAUCCGAUCGCUAUUUGUUCCCCGAAGAACUUCGACCUGGCGAAAAGAAAUAACGCGGUAGAAGUUUUCGAUCGCAAUGACAAGGAGCUGGCGAAGAAGAUUAAAACAUACACGAAAGGGAACUUGAAAUAUGCCUUGGACUGCAUCACAACCGUCGAGUCUACAGCCCUCUGCUAUGCUGCUAUCGGGCGAGGCGGCGGGAAAUAUGUAUCUCUUGAUCCCUGGCAACAGCACGCCGCAACUCGAAAAGUUGUCACCGCAGAUUUCACAGUCGGUCCUCGGAUUUUCGGCGAAGGAUGCACUUGGCCCGAGCCUUAUAAGAGCGAUCCGUCGGAAGAAUUGCGUGUCUUUGGGGUCUCUGUUUGGGAAACUGUAGAGAAGUUGGUUUACGAGGGAAAUUUGCAACAUCAUCCGCUACGUGUUUUGGAUGGUGGAUUUGAAGCAAUCUUAGCCGGGAUGGAAAUGGUUCGAAACAAGGCACUCUCUGGGGAGAAGGUGGUUGUACGUAUGAAUGCCUGAUUUGGUGUAGAGAGGACAAAGAAGAUAUGCAUAUUGAGGAUUCCUGACAUUAUGGCGGGCUUUCUAAAGCAGAAAAGUAUCAUGAUCAUGGAAUAUUGGAGCAAAUUCAUAUAUACCUGCUGACCAAGGUCAAUAAGAUGCGAGCAGAGCAAGCGAUUAGGUC